UGUAGAGAAGUCAUGUGGUCGGGAGGGAGUAAUGCAUCACUGCUUCAAAUGUUCCAUACUGUCUUCCUUCAACUCGAAUUAACCCACAACUCACUCAAAUCCAACCUUGUAGCGUCUUAUCUGAUGAAAUCCUUCCGCCCCAGUUCGAUUAUCCCCCGGCUACGCGUCACAUCUCCGCUCGUCUCUCGGACUAACCAACUACGGUCGAUUUCAAGCACCAGCAGCCAAAUGAGUUCUCAAAAAGAGGAUUCAAUACCCCACGAGCUCCGCACAGCUGCAGAACCCCGGCAGAACAGACUCCAUCCAGUGCGGCUAUCGCAUGUCGAGCAGGUCAACCCCUCCGUGCGCCUACUGCAAUUGGCUCUGCCUACCCAGGAGAAUAAUAAUAACACCCAACAAUCAUUCAGCUUCCUCCCAGGCCAAUGGCUAGAUGUUCACAUCCCAUCCGUCGCCCAAGCGGGUGGAUUCACUAUCACUUCCACCCCAGCAGAUGCACAAGUACUACCACCACCCGAGGCAUCCACAGCCUCGCCAACUGAGGAACCCCUAGCCUCAUCUAUCGACCUCCAAGGCAGACCCCCCUAUGUGGAAUUAGCCGUGCAAGAGUCGCCGGGGAACCCGGCCGCUGCAUGGCUAUGGAGACCAAAAGAAGAUAUCCUAGGCAAAGAGUUGAGCAUCCGAGUAGGCGGGAGCUUUACCUGGCCACCUACUGGGGUGGACAGUAAAGACGUGAAGAAUGCGAUCUUUAUCGCUGGUGGUGUUGGUAUCAACCCACUAAUCUCAAUCAUCUCCCACCUGAACAAUAACGACCCGAACACAACCUGUCCCCCAAAAAUCCACAUCCUAUACUCAACACGGCUACCAAAAGGCAACGAAAAUCUCUCGCUGGAAGAAAAGCUCGAGCAGAUUCUCUUCCUACCUCGUUUACGCCAGAUCAUGCAGUCCCAGAAACAGUCCCGGCGAACCGAAAUAUUCUUAGACCUCUUCCUCACUAAUCUACCUCCAGGUUCGAACCAGUUAGGCAUUGAUAGGGCUGGUCUUUCAACGAUUCAUGCGGGACGAAUCAGUGAGUCUUAUUUGCGUGAUGUGGUUGUGAAUGCGAGUGAGAGGAUGGAUUUGAAGGAUACAGUCUGCUAUGUCUGUGGGCCACCUGGUAUGACUGAUUCAGUGGUUGAGGUAUUGGGCAGGGUGCUUGGGGAGGGUGGGGAGCAGCGGAUUUUCUUUGAGAAGUGGUGGUAA